GUUCUUUUGCUACCACGACCACUACUAGUAUUAUUCAAGUAAAACCUAGUAAACUCCAAAUUUUAUUAAAAACACCAUUCUUAAUUUGUAAUUGUGAUUCAAUUCUGCCAUUAGGUUUGUCGAAUACAAUUUAGGAAAACCCCAAAAAUCAAGAAAGAAAGCCAAUUGAAGUCAUAAACAUAAAAACAACACUCUUUAAUCUAUUUAACUUUUUCUAUCGACGGAGCAAAGUCAUGAAUUUGGGAUUUGUGCAUCCAAUUCGAUCUGUAACUGUAACUAGUUAGGUUUAUAAAUAUUAUGUGUCAAGCUCCAUUACUAUAAUCUCUCCGUCAAGCUCAAUGCAUGAAUACCCAAUUGUUUAUUUCAGUUGCUGAACUUGAUAUGCUCCUUCUUGACUGUGAGUCCUGAUGAUGUCUAGACCUAUGCUGCUCGUCUUUCUGUUGCUUGUACUCAUAAUCACCUCUCAGUUUGAAUGGAGACAACAGCUUGUCAAUGACAUUGACACUGCUCCUGCUGUCACCGCUAAGAAGCACCAAAUCAUAUCCAGGAAUGAAGAUAUUGUGAAGGAGAAGAUUAUCUUAUCACAAGAGAAGAAUAUAUAUAGACUUAAUGAGCUUGUUCAGAGUCUUCAGCAGCAACUACUUUCGUGUAGGUGCAGCAACGAGACAGCAAAUGGCACUGUCAGAUCUUUGACCGAACAUGCUAUUGAAGUUGAGCGGCAACAGAUCUUGGAAGAUUAAAGUAGGCAUUUUCAACUUUCUGUUCAUUGUUUCAAGUGUUGAAGCUGUAAAAUCUUUAGUAAUCUACUAGCAACUUGUAGUUUUUUGAUGCAGGACUGCAUCUUAUGUUAUAGUAUGUCUAUAAUCAUGGUCAGGCUAAUGAUUGAUGAAAAAGAAUUGUAAUGAAAUAUCCAAAAUGUUGAUCAUCCAGGUUUUAAGUGGAAUGGUGAUGCAUUGCCUGAACCAAAUUAAGAGACACGGAAGGCUCAAAUCAACCUAGAAUCUGUGUUUCAUGCUACAGUUCUGUAUAAAUGAGAAACAGACAGCGGCGAUCAAGUUGUGUGGGAUAGGAUAGUUGAUGAAUCUUGAUAGAUUAGUAAAUUGUUAGAAUUACUAUGAAUUGAUAGUUCUGUGGAUAGUGUUUGAAAGAAUUCUCUCUCAGGCUACUAAUUACUUGUUUGCUGAGAUAUUGUUUGGUAAUAUAUUGAAGGAUAAUCUCAAUAAAAUGCCAAACGUUGUCGAA